AUGGAGACCUUGCCAGAAGAAGUUGGAGAGGACAGAGUUUUGGCAUUGAACAAAAGAGUUGGGGACAAAGGUGGUGGCUAUGUUACGUUUCCUGUGGAGGUUGUUAAUAGCAUCAAUUCUGGUUCUGUGGACAAUGUUAAUCUUUACACCAAGUUUGAAGGGAAAGAUGAGAAAGGUUAUUGUCCCGUUAUUAACAAAAACAGAGACAAAGAGACAGCAAAUUGCAAAGGAGAUGCAGAAAAUGCUUUAGCCAGCCCUUGGAGCAGUCCAGUUCUACUGUUAGAGAAACCAAAUGUGGACUACCGUGGACUGAACGAAGCGACAAAGAAAGAGAGGUUUCAAGGGAAACAAGGGAAGAACAGAGAGCAGAUCAUCGUGCCAAAGACCAUGGUUGAACAGUUGCUUGUAAAUUUCCACCACGGCCCUCUUUCAGGGCAUCCAGGCUUCUUCAGAACCUACAGAAAGGAAUUGGUAUCAAAAGAACAGCUGCGACAGAAUAUUCACCAUGAUCAACACAUCAAAGAGCUGAAAGUCAAAGUUGGAGACAAAGUUUGGUUAGGAGAUUUCAUCGUGAAGAAACGCACUUCCACUAAAUUCCAUAAUCCGUGGAUUGGACUGUAUGAAGUUGCAAAAGUGAUUGUAGAGAACAACGUCAAAAUAAUAAUGCCCAAGAAGAAGACAAGAAAACUCAAAAGAGUGAUCAUGGAACAGAUCAAGAUGGCUCAAGAAAUUGAUGGCAAACCUGAAAAUAUUGUGAAGGUUUAUGACAAAUUACGCUUGAGGCUUCUAGGCCAAAGACUGGUUACGGGCUAUUUGGUUGAAUUUUAUGACGGACAUACUCAAAGGGUCGAUCCAGAGUUUGUUCCUGACAAUCUUCUGGAAGAAUUCAAUAUUCCAGACCUUCGUAAUACUCCCGUUUUCACCUUCGUUCAGCUGUAUGAUUAUCUUGUUAUCAGAACAUUGAAGUUUAAGCAUAUUGCAUUAAAGAGCACUGGUUACAAAAAGCUCAAGUCCUUUCAGUUCUUUUAUGAAGGAUAUAUCAAGAAGUUUUCUGUUGCCAAAGAUAAUAAUUUUACAUUCUUUGAUGUCCGCAUGAAAGCUGCCAUGAAGAAUACUUUGUAUAAAGUUCUUGUUGUUCUUUCAAAUUCAACCGGCGAUGUUUGCAGUGCAGCAUGUACAUGUCCAGCUGGAAUUGGUUUAGGUGGUUUUGGUAACUGUAAUCAUGUCGGUGGUGUUCUUUUUGCCCUAGAAGAUUUUAAUAGAGAAGGGUAUCAAGAAUGCCCAAAGCCUGUUUCCUGUACUUCCAAGUUAUCUUCCUGGAAUGUUCCUGCUUCAAUGAAAUCUAUUUUGCCUCAAUCUAUUGAUGAAAUUGUUAUUCAGAAGUUUAAAUUUGGAAAAGAUAAUGUUAAUCCAAGGAAACCAAAAUGCUAUGACCCAAGAGCACCGGAAGACCGAAAACUGAAUGAGGAAGGACUUGAAAAAUUGAAGUCAAAGCUUGCAAGUUGUUUGCCAAACAGUACUUUUUUUUCUUUCUACAAGCUGCCAGAGUCACCCUCUUCAAUUUCGACUGAAAUUGUAUCAUCUUUGAAUUCCCCAUUUGAUAAUUCUGAUGUUAAUUUGUGUAUUCUUGAGGACUCAGUUCCAUUCAAUAAUUUUUAUGAUAUAUCUUGUCCUGGUUUCAAAGAGAUGAUGGAAUAUUUUUGCAGCACAAAGAGUAACCUUGGUGAAAAAGAAAUCAAGGAGAUAGAAGAAUCAAUUCGUGGCCAAGCAUCAAAUGAAGCAUGGAAAUUCCAUAGAAUGUACCGCAUAACUGCAUCAAAUUUCUAUACUGCUGCAGUGAACUCUGUUGAACCAUCAAGAAAGCUUCAUUCCAUGUACUACUCUUCUUUUUCCUCUGCCAGUACUCAACAUGGAAAGACUUUUGAAUCACAUAUUCGCUCUUUGUAUUUACAACAACUGUCAAAGGAAGAUGGCUGUAACAUUUUAAUCGAAGAGCCUGGCCUUAUUAUAUCAAAAACUCAUUCCUAUCUUGGUGCAUCUCUUGAUGGAAUUGUAAAAUGCAAUGGAAACGUUUGGGGGAUUGAAAUCAAAGCCCCAUUUUCAAAAUUUAAUUCUCCUCUUUCUAAAGCAUUGUUGGAUAAGAGAUUUUUUCUAAUGAAAAAUAAUGAAGUUGUGACGCUCAAAAGUAACAGUAAAUACUUUUUUCAAAUCCAAGGCCAAAUGUUUUGCAGUGGUUUGAAAAGGAUAGAUCUAGUUGUUUGGUUUGGUGAUGACCACCCAUUAUUCAUUGAAACCAUAAAAUACGAUGAAAAUUUCAUGCAAACAUCUAUUCUGCCACAGUUGAAAUUUUUUUACUGCAGAGCUGUUUUGCCAGAGUACCACACCAGGCGUGUUCAAAGAAGGGAAAAACUUUAUUUACAGGGUGGCUGGGAGAAUUUUUUAAAGAAAAAGAAGAAUAUAACAAAAGAGGCAUAA